ACAGAGGAAUCCCGACGACACGAGUCGGGGGGUGCGCACACUCUCCCACCCGCGAGGCGGACAGUUCCCACGUCCCGAGAGCUCCACGGCUGCGUUUCGUUUCCCUCCAGCUCCGGGGCCUCCCGAAGAUUCCUUAUCUUAUUACAUGGCAGGAGGGGUUGAUAAAGUUAGGAAUAGUGAAGACAACUUAUUAAUCAAGAGCUUUCCUCAUAUCUCAGAACCCGUCCUCAGGAAGAAUGGCGGAUAAGGUUGACUGGUUACAAAGUCAAAAUGGAGUCUGCAAAGUUGAUGUCUAUUCCCCUGGAGACAGCCAACCCCAGGAAUGGAAAAUGAAUGAGUCAACAGAUCCUGUCCGAGUCCUUAGCUGGCUCCGCCGCGACUUGGAGAAGAGCACAGCAGGGCUCCAAGAUCUCCGGUUCAAGCCCGGCGAGUCCUCUCUGGGUGAGGAGCCAGCCAGCCCGGCGGACGUGCGCAAAGGUUUCUCCAUCGAUUACUACAGCACCACGGCCAAGGGCAGCCCGGGGCGGCUGCACUUCGAGAUGACGCACAAGGAGAACCCGCAGUGCCCCGGCACCCCGCUGGGCAACUCGAGCUCCGUGGACGAGGUCUCCUUCUACGCCAACCGCCUCACCAACCUCGUCAUCGCGAUGGCGCGCAAGGAGAUCAACGAGAAGAUCGACGGCUCGGAGAACAAGUGCGUGCACCAGUCGCUCUACCUGGGCGAAGAGCCCGCGCCCACCAAGAGCCUCAGCACCAUCGCCUCGGAGCUGGUGGACGACACGGUCUUCGCGUGCUCCAAGACCGUGGCCCCCGACAAGGCCCCCGGCUCCGGAGACCGGGCCCUGGGGUCCUCGCGGAGCCCCCCGAACUUCAAAUACAAGAGCACUUUGAAGAUCAAGGAGAACAAAGGCCCCGAUGACAAGCCCUCGUCCAAGAAGUCGUUCUUCUACAAGGAAGUGUUCGAGUCUCGGAACGCGGGCGACGCCCGCGAGGGGGGGCGGGCCUUGCCCGGAGACCGGAAGAUCUUCUCGGGCCGCGACAGGCCCGACGACUUCACGGCCUCCGUCAGCCAGGGCAUCAUGACCUACGCCAACAGCGUGGUGUCAGACAUGAUGGUGUCGAUCAUGAAGACGCUGCGCAUCCAGGUGAAGGACACGACGAUCGCCACCAUCCUGCUGAAGCAGGUGCUCAUCAAGCACGCCAAGGAGGUGGUGUCGGACCUCAUCGACUCGUUCAUGAAGAACCUGCACAACGUCACCGGCACCCUCAUGACCGACACGGACUUCGUCUCGGCCGUGAAGCGGAGCCUCUUCUCCCAGGGCAGCCAGAAGGCCACCGACAUCAUGGACGCCAUGAUGGGCAAGCUGUACAACGUGAUCUUCUCCAAGAAGUUCCCCGAGGGCACGCGCAAGACCAAGGACAAGUGCGAGAGCUUCUCCAUGGUGUCCAUGAAGGGCCGGGGCGACCCGAAGGGGCGCAACAUGAACUUCAUGAAGUCCGAGGCCAAGAUCCGCGAGAGGAUGUACUCCACCUGCAAGCCGGAGAAGGAGAAGACGUGCAUGGAGACGCUGGGCGAGCACAUCAUCAGGCAGGGGCUCACCAUGUGGCACAAGAACCAUCAGAAGGACUCCAAGUCGCCCGCCACCGACCCCGAGCCGGGCCUGGCCGCCGACCCGCCCUCCGACUCCCCGGACGUGUGCGACCUGAGCCCCCCGCUGCCCUACCCCGAGAGCAUGGAGAACUUCAUGUGCGACGCCGACUCGUGGGGCAAAGACCUGAUCGUGUCGGCCCUGCUGCUCAUCCAGUACCACCUGGCACAGGGGGGCAGGAUGGACGCCCAGAGCUUUCUGGAAGCCGCCGCCACCACCAACUUCCCCAACAGCGGGAGCCCCGAGGAGAGCCGGCCCAACCCCCCGCCCCGGGUGUGCGACCAGGAGCAGGCCGAGAAGAAAGACCUCAUGAGCGUCAUCUUCAAUUUCAUCCGGAACCUUCUGGGCGAGACCAUCUUCAAGGGGGACCGCGGCUGCGCCUCCAAGGUCCCAGAGCAGCCAGCGAGGGAGGAGUGCCAGUGCGAGCGGCCCCUGACCCCGUGCCCCACCAGGCUCUGCGACGAGGAGGUGGACGGCACCCUCUCGGGACUCACCAAGAUGGUGGCCAGCCAGCUGGACGGCCGCGCGCCCGGCCACAUGCUGGACCAUCUGGUCGACUCGGUGAUGAAGUUGUGCCUCAUCAUCGCCAAGUCCUGCGACUCGCCCUUGGCCGAGCUGGGAGACGACAAAUCGGGCGACGCCAGCCGACCCACCUCGGCCUUGCCCGACAGCCUGUACGAGUGCCUGCCGGCCCGGGGCACGGGCACGGCCGAGGCCCUGCUGCAGAACGCCUACCAGGCCAUCCACAACGAGCUGCGGGGCGCCUACGGGCAGCUGCCCGAGGGCUGCGCCAUCCCCAGGGUCAUCGUGAGCAACCACAACCUCACGGACACCGUGCAGAACAAGCAGCUGCAGGCCGUGCUGCAGUGGGUGGCCGCCUCCGAGCUCAACGUCCCCAUCCUCUACUUCGCCGGCGACGAUGAAGGGAUCCAGGAGAAGCUGCUCCAGCUCUCGGCCGCCGCUGUGGAGAAAGGCCGCAGCGUCGGGGAGGUCCUGCAGUCCGUGCUGCGCUACGAGAAGGAGCGGCAGCUGGACGAGGCAGUGGGGAACGUCACCCGGCUGCAGCUGCUGGACUGGCUGAUGCUGAACCUGUGAUCAGCGCCCGGCCGGCCCCGCCCCGUCCUCGCCACGCCCCACCCCCAGAGCCCUACCCACGCCUAUCCGACGAGUCAUCUAAUGCUAGCCACUGGAUUUUGCAGAUUUUCCUGUCCAUGCGAGCAAGGACGAAAAAUUAAAAGAUUACAAUUAAAGGGCCCCGAGAGUCUGGUUUCCUUGGGGGUCCAGGGGUGGAGAGAGGAGAGAAUCGGACAGAUGGCCCCUGAAGCCGCAGCCAGGAUCUGCUUCCGCCCUCGGGGCCUGGAGCAGCCAGCCAGCCCCAGGGCAGGCCCGCGGGCGGACCCCUGGCCACAUCCGUG